GUUUCUAAAAAUGCCGUUUUCCGUUAACGGCAUCCUUUGCACGCUCGCGCUCCUGGUCAUGUGGCGGCCGGAGGAGCUCGCGGAGGCGUGCAGCUGCGCCCCGGUGCAUCCGCAACAGGCGUUCUGCAACGCCGACGUAGUGAUUCGAGCAAAGGUGGUGGGAGAAAAAGAGGUGGUUUCUGGGAAUGAUAUCUAUGGGAACCCCAUCAAGAGGAUCCAGUAUGAGGUCAAACAGAUCAAGAUGUUCAAGGGGCCUAGCCAGGACAUCGAGGCGAUCUUCACUGCUCCUGUGUCUGCUGUCUGUGGUGUUACCCUGGAUGCCAGCGGCAAGAAGGAGUACCUGAUCUCAGGCAAGGCCGAAGCCGCCGGGAGCAUGCAUGUGCACCUGUGUGACUACAUCAUGCCCUGGGACUCCUUGAGCAACACCCAGAAGAAGGGUCUUAGCCAGCGCUACCAGAUGGGCUGUGACUGCAAGAUUGUGCGCUGCCCCUCUUUGCCCUGUGAGAUCUCCGCUCCAGAGGAGUGUCUGUGGACUGACCUGAUGAUCGAGAAGCAGGUGCACGGGCGCCAGGCCAACCACUACGCCUGCAUCAAGAGGGCGGACAACUCCUGCUCCUGGUACCGCGGCGUCUCAUCGCCCAAGAAGGAGUUCCUGGAUGGCGAGGAGCCUUAAUCGCGUGGCACACUUGGCGCAAUGUAAACGACUCAAUUGAAAUUUUAGAUAACAACAUCAGGCAAAAGUGAUUUUUGAUAAAAAAGGCAAAGCUAAUGUGACUGAAUUUACCAGCUGUUCUGAGAACAAUCUUUAGCCUCUCUUUGUUGUCAGUGAAAGCAGCGCAAAGCCACUUUCAACCUCAUCAGCAUUGCUCAACAUUAACUGACUCUGAAGAGGCUCAGAGGUUGUUCUCAGUCACAGCGCAUGUAAAAAUAAAUUUUGCAUCAUGAGACAUAGACUGGUCAAGUGAUGAUAUAACUUCCUCCUGAGGCUGGCGUCAGGAGGAAUAUAUAAAUCCUCGGUGAGACAGAGCACUUCCUGCCCCGCAAAGCUUCCUUACAGCUCUGCUCUCCAACUCCACCAAUCAACCCCCGAUCAACGGACGAUCAUUUCGUUAGCCCUUGUGUUCCUACUUUUAUUACCUCAUUCUCCAUUUUAUUCCAAAGCCAAAUUCCAAGUUGCCUUUUUUUUAAGAUGAUUGUCUCCCUUUUUCUGAACACUUUUAGUUAUUACUUCUCUCCUCUUCUCUGCUGGGAGCUGUUUGGCCACUGGUGACGUCAGACGCCCACAACAACACCCUUAACCGCUUUCUCAAAAAAUAAAAAGAACAUGAGUCAUCUCGCAUGGCUGAUCUUCUCCGGUUUUGUUAGGCGAAAACCUUUUUCUUGUUGUGGUUUUUCUAACUGGAGCUUGUGAUUGUCACAGGCCUCACUGGACCAGUCUAUGCAGUGGAAAGACGAGCGCUCUAAAUUUAAACCUGCGCAUGAGGUCAAACAACACAGAAACAAAUCCGAAACAUCCAAAAUGUCUCCUCCUCCUCCUCCUCUUCCUCCUCGUCUCAUCUUCAUGCCUCUCCCUCUUUACCCCUCACUAUGUAGCUGUACAGUACCUAUGCAUAUACUUUUGUUGUUACUUGAUAAUUAUUAUUUACUGCAUUAGAACUAGAUUUGCACUUUUUGAGGAUGAGUUCCAGUAAAGACAGGAGCCUGAACACUUUGACGUGACAGUUACUAUCGUUCGCCCAGACCGACAGAUCCACCUCAGGUGCAGAUUUCACCUGUUUUGAGUGCUUUUGGUGGUCCAUAUUCACUAACACAAGCUUAUUCUUGCUAUCUUUGUCAUAACAGGUAAAAUAGUAUUUGCAGUGAAAGGAAAAACACGAGAAGUUUGGAUAUAAGGGAUCUUUUUGCAGAUUUUAUGUGUGAAAGGGAAACAAAAAGAGCUUGUGGGAUGUUAUUUCAGUGUCUUUGUAUUGUCUGUUGAUUGUAAAUGCAAGCAGCAGUUUCAUGAUUUGCCAAUAUAUUCUUAUAGACGGUUCAUUUCAUGAGUGAUAAGGACUUUUACAUGCUUAACGUUAGCUUCGACUCAUUUUUCCUGCGCCUUCCAGUUAUUAAUGAAAGCUUUAUCGCUGUCAUAGAAAGCAAGUUACUCAAUCGAAGUUUACAGUGCUGUUUUAUACACCUCAAGCUACAUUAACAAAAAAAUAUAUAUAUGAUGGAGUAUUAGAGGCAUAAUUUAAAAGUAAACUCUUUCCAUUUUCCAUUACUUUGUAUUUUUUCAGUGUUAUUAUUAUACCUGUCAUGAUUUUUGUGUGUUUUCGCUGUCUUUGUCAACGAUGUCUUUAGCUGUAGUGUGGAGCUGAGAAGGUCCUCUUGCGCUGGAGUAACGUGAGAGUGAGAGAGAGAGAUAAAUCCUUUUUGGAGAGGCGUGGAGAAAUGAGAAAUGGGUAACUUGUGUGAAUAGAGGACUGUGCAUGUGUUUGAUGCUUGAUGUAAGUCCGGGCGAAGGACAAAAUAUUCAGUAUUAUCAAAUAAAAACCACACGUUUGAAAGAACAAA